GCGUGUUCCUCAAUAUUGCCACCACGUCUAGAAGUCUUGUUGGAUGGCUACGUAAAAUUUCGUAAACAAGCUUGCGAGUCUGCCUUCAUAUUUUACCACCCACUUGCCGAUAUCACUGUUGCCAACCUGGAGAUGAUAGCUCGACCGGAUAAAGAAAUGCAGCCGGAAACCACGGAACUUCAAAGCAACGAGAGAUUGAGUAAACAGCAAAUUAUAGUAAGGGCCGCGCGAUCGGCGCUCAGCUCGGUCAAACUUGAUGAGAAAGACGGUGAAUCAUGUGGAAAUAGGAAGUCGUUAACUAUCGCUGAAAUGUUUCCGGAAAUAAUCGAUUCAUUAAACACACUAAAACGACGCGCAAGUCUUCGUAGUUUCACAGGCAAGGACACAAUUACCGAUGACUCCAAGGAGACUGCCCAGAAGUUUGGUGAAUUAACGAAAAAUGAAGGCAAUGGCAUCAUGUCGGAAGAGGUGUUAAAUCUAUUGUUCACGUAUGAUGACCGACAGUCAAAUCGUGACGCCAAAAGUUUUGACCGUAGACGGAGCACUAAGCUAGAGUCCAUAGGCGAAAUCUCCAUUCACGAGGAGAAAGACCAGAUGGAUCCGGCAAGCGGAGAAAAUGAUAAUAUGCUAGAAAGAAAUGAUUCUGGAUGCUCAAUGAGAAACUCAAUGACUUGGUGUAAAUUUGAGAAACUUGGGUUUAGUGAACCAUUAACGGAAACGAUAACGGUCCAGAAAGUUAAAGGUGAAGUGCACACAAGUGGAAAGGAUAAGCAUAAAAAUGCGAAAUCGAUUGGAAAAGAGAGAAAAUUUCGUUUCCUGUGUGUCAAGCAACGCCCGGAAUCCGAAAACUCGUGCUUUUCUAUAAAGAUGGAGAACAUCGAUCGCGAUGCAAUCGAUAACGAAGAUUGGGAAGAUUGGUAUAUAAUAGAACAAUUUCCUUAUUUUUUGGUAGAGGUAAACAACGGAGACACUGGAAUAUUGGACGAGUGGGUGUUGGUUGAACCGAAGAAAGAGCAGAUGAAUGACUAUGAAUGGAUUGUGAGUGAAAAGAAAAAAAAACAAGUGAGAGGAAGUCUUAACGUGCCAUGGAUAAAAUCGAAUCGUUAUAGUAGCGAAAAUAACAUUGAAAAGGUGAAGUUAUUUGUCAUACCCAAUAAAGAUUAUGACAGUUUUUAUCCAACAUUUCAUGUCGAGUUUUCUACUAGUGAUAUGAUAGACGGUGUCUCAAUGACGCCUACCAAACACCAAAGUAAAAAUCCAAAGCUUCAACAACAAUCAUUUGGUACCAUUACCACGGAGAUUACAUCUACACAAACUUCGUAUGUGAUAAGUAAACCAUUAUCACCACCGCACCCUACAAAGAUUCGACGAAGUAAAUCUUUUGUGAUAAGAGAUGAUAAACAUGUUGUCGAGGAAACGAUAUCAGAUAGCGACAGUGAAUACAGUCGCGCAAGCUAUGGCACUAAUCUGUCAUCAAAAAGUGAAGAAAACCGUGAAACUGAUGAGGUGUACCAACCGGACGAAAUAUACGAUAGCUACAUGAAUGAUCGAUAUAGCCGUUCCGUUGUCGAGAGCUUUAGCAGCGAGAAAAAUGCAGUGAAUCGAGCAUCUUAUCUUAAGGUGAAUGAGUACCCGGUGACAAUUCAAAACCUUCCCUGGCCUCCGACAAAUUAUCCACCACCGCCUCAAGAUUAUUCCAGAUAUUAUCAAUCACGAACAAAUUCGUAUAUAACGCCAGAUGGUAGUGGUGGUGCAAAUUAUCC